AUGACAACAAUGAUAGAUACAUUUUCAUCUGACGCGAAUUUUUCUUCCCUAUCAUCAACAUCCGAUCACAUAUUUUCAUAUUAUCGUGAAAAAGAUGAUACAACUUAUUCUUCACAAUAUCCAACAUCACAAACAACUACGGAGAGUAAACUCAACAAUGAUCAUAAUAAUAGCGAACAAAUUUCCACGCCGAUCUUCAUUGGCGAACCAUUUUCAGCAUUGAUCAAUUCUCUCAUUCCAUCACCUCAAUUAUUACUAAACGAUACCGACGAUCAAAUAAUCUAUGACGAAUAUGGUUUUCGUAUUGACAUUAACGAAAACGAACAACACUAUGAAAUAGUACCAAUUAAAGAAAACGAACAGAUGAAAUUAAAAUGGUUGACCCAUCUUGAUUCGAAAUAUCAUAUCGAUGUUGUUCAUUUACCAAUUCAAGAACAAGAAUUUGUACAUAAAAUCGAUCCAAAACAGUUUCGAGAAGAUCCGAAGGUUUCAUUACUUAUACAACAAUCAUCUGGUAUUCCACUAUCCCUACGUGCACAUAUCUGGAUGUGUCUAGGUGGAUCGUUACGGAAAAAAUAUCAAGCGAAAAUGUCUUAUAGUGAUAUGUUAAAGCAAUGCAAUAACGAUGCUCAAUUGUAUUCGAAACAGAUUGAAAAAGAUCUCCUCAGAACACUACCAACGAAUGCAUGUUUCAUGUCAAUGAACGCAUCAGGAAUUUCAAGACUGAGACGAAUUUUACGAGCAGUGGCUUGGUUAUUCCCAGAUGUUGGUUACUGUCAAGUGAGUACAUUCUCUCUAUUUAUAUAUCGUGAAUUCAUAGGUGACGAAGUUCCUAAUCCCAAUAGCGUUGAAAAGGAAGAUGCAUUUUGGAUGAUGUGUACCAUUGUCGAAGAUCUUCUUCCCGGUCAGUAUUAUUCCGCAUCAUUAUAUGGCGCUCAAGUUGACAUUCGUGUAUUUCGUUAUUUAAUUGAGCAACACUUACCGAAUAUUCAUGAACAUUUGAAUAAACAUGAUAUCGAUUUAACUUUAAGCUGUUUUCAAUGGUUUUUAACACUUUAUGCCAAUGUAUUUCAUGUGAAAUUUAUCUAUCGGUUAUGGGAUUAUUUUUUUCUCUAUGGUUCAAUAAUUUUAUUUCAAAUCGGUUUAAUGAUGUUAAAACAGUACGAAAAAGUUCUUCUUGAUUUCAACAAUAGUACACAAAUAUUCAAUUUUCUAUGCGAAUUACCUCAACUAUUCGAAUACGAAUACGGCAAUAAUGAAGAAAUCUUUCUUCAAUUAUCCAAUGUCUUCAAUUUAACAUCGAUCACAAUUGAUUCUCAUCGAAAGAAAUAUUUAGCCCAAUUAAUGUCUCAAGAAGGGUACACAAUUAACCCGAAAAUCACUUUAUCCAAUCUUCCGAAAGACAUUCUCCAAAGACGUCAUAAUCCAAAAUUGAAAUCAUCACUGUCAGCAAAUAAUACUCAAGCUUUAAUCGAACGUAAUAUAACACAAACCGAAAUGCUUGUUAAUCUACGCGAAGCCAUACUGAAUAUUGCCAAGCAUUUUAAAGACAACGAUCCUGAUGGAUAUGCUGAACAAGACAUUAGCCUCGAUGUUGACUAUUCGAUUGAAUCUCAUGUUAAAGAUCAUGAACAUUACGCAAAUAUCUCAUUACAGAAAUCGAAACGAGCGAAAGCAUUGAUCGAUUUCGAUAGUCAAGAUUCGAAUGAAUUAAGUUUCAAACGGAACGACAUCUUAAAGAUUUUAUCAAUGACUGACGAACAUUGUUGGAUUGGCGAAUUGAAUGGCAAACAUGGCUGGUUUCCAGCGAAAUUUGUGCAAUUGGUAGACGAACGAUCAAAAUUGUAUUCGCUAGCCGGUGAUGAUAGCGUCAACGAUAUGAUCUCCGAUCUCGUUCGAGGAAAACUAGCCACCUGUUUAAAAGCAAUAUUUGAACAUGGACUGAGGAAAACCCCGACUGUCCUUGGUGGUGUAUGUCAUCCAUGGUUAUUCAUCGAAGAGGCAGCUUUACAUGCCAUUAACAAGGAUUUCGAUAGUGUUUACGCUCGUCUUAUACUUUGUAAAACUUAUCGAUUAGAUGAAGAUGGUCGAAUUCUAACUCCGGAAGAAUUAUUAUGUCGUUGUAUACGUUCAAUAAAUUACACACAUAAUCUUGCACAUGCACAACUCGAUGUGAAACUUCGUUCGUUUAUAUGUGUCGGUCUAAAUGAACAAGUUUUACAUCUAUGGUUAGAGACAUUAUGUUCAUGUACAGACGUAAUUAAUAAAUGGUAUUUUCCGUGGUCGUUCCUACGAUCACCAUGUUGGGUGCAAAUUAAAUGCGAUCUGCGAGUUUUACAACAGUUUUCGUUUACGUUACAACAAGAUUUGGAACUUCCAUUAGCCUAUCGACAACUCGAUGUUAUAUCUAGCGUUCGCGAUAUGCUUAUGAAACAUCAUCUGUUCAGUUGGGAUCUCUAA